GCCGCCGCCGCCCCCUCGCCUCGCCACGCGGCGGCCACCCGGCGGCCGCGCUGCUCCGCUCGGCACCCACCGCGCCGGCGGGAGGGCGGAGGCAGCGCCGCAAGUCGGCCUCGCCCCCUCGCGCGCGCACACACCCACCCACACCCACACCCCGGCCCGACGGCAGCGGCCGCCCGCGCACGGCCAGGGAGCCCGCAGGGCCGCGGCCGACGCGCCGCGCCUGCCCGCCCAUGGCUGACAGGAGCCUCCUCGAGGGCGCGGAGCCCUGCGCGCGGCGGGAGGACGCGCCGGAGUGGGGCUACGAGGAAGGGGUCGAGUGGGGGCUGAUCUUCCCGGACGCCAACGGCGAGUACCAGUCGCCGAUCAACCUGAACUCGAGAGAAGCCAAGUACGACCCCUCGCUGCUGGAGGUGCGCCUGUCGCCCAACUACGUGGUGUGUCGCGACUGCGAGGUGAUCAACGAUGGGCACUCGAUUCAGAUCGUCCUCAAGUCGAAGUCAGUUUUAAUAGGUGGGCCAUUACCUCGAGGACAUGAAUUUGAACUACAUGAUGUUCGGUUUCACUGGGGGAGAGAAAACCAGCGUGGUUCUGAACACACGGUUAAUUUUAAAGCCUUUCCUAUGGAGCUUCAUCUAAUGCACUGGAACUCCACACUGUACAGCAGCAUUGAUGAGGCAGUAGGGAAGAAGCACGGCAUAGCUAUUGUUGCUCUGUUUGUGCAGAUAGGGAAAGAACACGUAGGCCUAAAGGCUGUAACUGAAAUUCUCCAGGACAUCCAGUACAAGGGAAAGUCCAAAACAAUACCCUGUUUUAAUCCCAACUCUUUAUUGCCAGAUCCGUUACUACGUGACUACUGGGUAUAUGAGGGCUCCCUAACCAUUCCACCCUGCAGUGAAGGUGUCACCUGGAUAUUAUUUCGCUAUCCUUUGACUGUGUCCCAAGUGCAGAUAGAAGAAUUUCGUAGAUUGAGGACACAUGUUAAAGGUGCAGAACUUUUAGAGGGCUGUGAUGGAAUCUUAGGAGAUAACUUUAGACCAACUCAGCCACUUAGCGACAGAGUCAUCAGGGCUGCAUUCCAGUAGCAGAAGAGGAAGAAAAACAAAAAUAAAUCAUUAUUCAGAGAGGAGGAAGACAAUGCUCCCACAGUGCCCUUGGAUGAGAAAUGGAAACUUUCGAGACUGCUGCUUCAGUUGAACCACAAAGCCUGUAUUGUUUGCCUUCAUCUAAUUCAGCCUUGAUAGACAGCUGUGACAGUUGGUCUGUCCACACGGUCCGGUGAAAUUCUGGGAAUGAGUUUGUACAUUAAAAGAAAAAAACACAUUAAAUCUUCCAAUUCACACUGUUACCUAUUUUAAAAUAGUAGUUAUCAUAACUUAGAUAGUUUCUUUACUGUAGGAUUCAAUAAUGGUCUGUGAUCCAAAUAGUACUAGUUUUAAGCUUGAUAUGAAUGUUACUAUAUAUGGAAAUACUCAUCAUUGUUUUGAAUUUUGGAUUUAAUUUUAUUUUUUAGCAUCUCUUGCGCUGUCACUAACUAAUGUCUUUUCUGUAGAGGGGAGGUACAUUCUAUAAAGCUAAUAAAAGCAUUCUUUGUGCACAGAGGAUAUUAUAUAAAUUCAGAAAUAAGUUUGGGGCAGAAAGGAACACUUCUGUGCCAAACCUAUGCAUUUAAUGUGGUUUAGCUGAAUAAAGCUGAGUGAUAUUUGCAUUACUAAGAACCUUUUUGAAAUAAGGAAUUUUGAAAUAAGGAAAAUUAACCAAUGUACCAAUAAACAGAGUCAUCUGGAUUAUUUUCUACUUGGUGAGUCAUGGAACUUUGCAGAGAUAUGUUCAAUUCAGGCAGAAAAUUAUAGGUCUUUGUUCUCCUGUGAAUUAUGACAGUUCCAUUUGUUUCUGCACAUUGCUGAGGAUGGUGUUCUGGAGACCUGCUCUGCAUGUCCUUAGCUCACUGCAUAGCAUGGAGAUUGCCACACUGGGCCACACAGGACACAGCACUGGCAAAACAGAAAAGGGAAAGGUAGUCUAAGCCGGUUAAUCAAGCUCAUAGCUUCUGAUUCCUGCACAACAUGUAGAUCUGAAAGACAGAGUCAAUAACAUGGUGGGAAAUAGCUUUGAUCACCAUAGGUAUCAACACGGUCCAUUUUACUAGCAUGAAGAGGGCAGGUUUAUGCAGAGACCUAUGUGAGUGGAGGAACGCCUGAGGCACAGAUGGCAAGCUGCAGGCAGGGGCACAAUGGAGAUGCAAACAGAGGGUUCACAAAGGGGAGGAACUCCCUGGGAGCAGAUUGGUAAAUCAUCAAUCACAAAGUCAUCACCAUGCAGUGGUAAAUGCAGGUCGCAAGGCAUCCUUAAUCCACUUCUUCAGAGUUGCUGCUGAAUAAGGAGUUACGAAUUCUCAGUCAUUUAUGUGCUUAUUAGGCGCAGCAGGAACAGUAGGACAAACCCACAUAGCACGCAUGAGCUGGGUAAGGGGAGUGAAUGCUGCUCACUACUUCAUGUCUUUGUAAGUGUGUAUUGCAGAAACAUUUGCUACCAUUAGAGAGACACGCAGCUGCCCUUCACUUCAUGUAUUGCAAUGAAUGCAUAGAGAAUACACAGCAAGCAGCCCCUGAUGACGUUGUCUGUUUAUUUCUGGCUCAGGAGAGUUGUAAUAGCUGAAUUGCUCUUUUUGCCUGUAGGAACUCUUUAGGUUUUUAGGAUUAUGCUGAAGAAAGUCCCUCUCCACCUCCUGACCAAAUUCAAUGAAGUAUGACCACAUUUCCUAGACAAGAGGAUCAUGAUUUCAGUGCAAGCCAAAAAUACACCUUCUAUCUGAAAUGUGCCCAGCACUUCCAUAAUGACAAAGUAGUAGCUUCACUGGCUACUGCCCUUCAUCCUUCAACAAUGACUGCACCAGCAGCUGGAGCUGGAGCCCAGCCCAAGCUGCUGGGCACAAGAGUUCAGCCUGCUGCUGACCCACAUCUUGCAGCAGGAGUCUCUGCAUGAGGUCUGCUGCAAGCAGCCCAGUGUCUGACCUGCAAAGGCUAGGCUGGACUCUCUGCAAUUUUUGACAGCCUGAUAAUUUGUUCAUGUGGAGUUGGGCUCUAAAGAUGUCAAAAAGAAAGAAAGACAAAAAAACUAGGAGGCAGAAGUCAACUGGUUUCUGCCAGUUGAAGACCAAUGCCUAUACCCUUGUACACAGCAAUGAAGGAACCCUCCAAAAAUGGAGUGAACCAAAUUCUGAAUCCAGCAAUUCCCAGAUUACACCUACAGCUCAUUCCGAAGAUCUUUUUGCUUUGCACCUAACAUAUUAUUAACUACUGAGUAUUAACUGAGAGCGACUGUAAUAUUAAUAUGGUAAAUAUUGAUGUUAUGAUGAAAUCUGAGCUAGAUUUAUUCUCUAAAUAAAUGUGUUCAUUAUCUUGGA